AUGGUUUAUCUCUCAUCUGCUGGACGGCCUCUUCUCGCAGCGCUCUGUGCGGCCACAUGGACAGCCGUCUACGGCCUCAGUUUUAAUUCUACCUUGGCCGACUGGAACAUCAAUACCAACCGGACGGCCAAGACACCCCUCGAUUACUGGGGUAGUCGGCCAGAUGGCUUCACGUAUGCCCAGUCUCCUCCGAACUGGAGAGUACCUUUCUAUACACUCUUUUUGGACCGUUUCGUCAAUGGGGACCCGGAGAAUGACAACAUCAAUGGCACCCUUUUCGAGACGGAUAUGAUGAGCACCCAGCUCCGCUUUGGCGGCGACGUGCAGGGCCUCAGGGACUCGUUGGAUUAUAUUGCCGGGAUGGGCAUCAAGGGUAUCUAUAUCGCUGGAUCUCCGUUCAUGAACCUUCCGUGGGGAGCCGAUUCGUACUCGCCGGUGGAUCUUACUCUUCUUGAUCAGCAUUUUGGCACUGUCAAACUCUGGCAGGAGGCCAUCGAUGAGAUACAUGCCCGCGGCAUGUGGGUUGUCAUGGACAACACCAUGGCCACGAUGAGUGACUUGAUUGGCUUCAAGGGUUACCUCAACGAAAGCACGCCGUUUCGCACCGAAGAGCACGAGGUCCUUUGGAAGUCAUCAAGACGCUACCUCGACUUCGACAUCGGUAACGAGUACAACGAGACUUGCGACUAUCCCCAAUUCUGGGACGAGAAGGGAGAACGCAUCAACCCGGAGGGCCUCAAGGGCUGCUACAACAGUGAUUUCGACCAGUAUGGCGACAUUGAGGCCUUCGGUGUCUUCCCUGACUGGCAGCGCCAGCUGGCCAAGUUUGCUUCGGUGCAGGAUCGACUCCGCGAUUGGUUGCCCUCGGUGGCUGCGCGCCUCGAGCACUUCUCUUGCAUGGCCAUAGCCACCUUGGACAUUGAUGGCUUCCGGAUCGACAAGGCUGUUCAGGUUACGGUUGAUGCGCAAGCUUCUUUCAGUUCAGCAAUGCGAAAAUGCGCCUCCAAUCUCGGCAAGAACAACUUCGCCGUGUUCGGUGAAAUCACGAGCGGCAACGGUCUUGGAUCCAUCUAUCUUGGACGGGGACGCGAACCUCACAUGGCGGAUAACUUCGAAUUCAACCUAACAAAAGCAAUGACCCUCAAGCCGGAGUCGGCCGACACGUCCCAGUGGUUCAUUCGCGAGCCGGCCAACAGCGCGCUUGAUGGUGGUGCCUUCCACUACUCGAUCUACCGUUUCAUGACGCGGUUUCUGGGCCUUAGCGGGAAUCUGGAAGCUGGAUAUGACCUGCCGCGUGAUUGGGUCGACACAUGGCAUACAAUGGUUCUCACCAACGAUUUCUACAAUGCUAACACUAACAAGUUCGACCCCCGUCAUCUGUACGGCGUAACCAACCAAGAUGUCUUUCGCUGGCCCGCCAUCAAGCUCGGUGUUGAGCGCAUGCUUCUUGGCUACUUCAUCAUCACGCUGUUACUGCCCGGGGCUCCUCUAGUGUACUACGGCGAAGAACAGGCUCUGUAUGCCUUGGAUGGCACAGCGUCCAAUUAUGUCUAUGGUCGUCAAGCCUUUGCGCCUUCCCCAGCUUGGAAGACACACGGCUGCUUUGGCCUCACGGUUGGCCAAUACAUCGGCUGGCCUGUUGAGUCGGGACGGACUGCCUGUGAAGACGAGUCUGUCGGUUGGGAUCACCGGGAUCCCUCGGCCCCUCUGCGCAAUAUUUUCCGUCAUAUGUUCGCCCUGCGGGACGAGCUGCCGGUGCUUGAGCACGGCUGGCGGGUAGAGAAGCUGGCCAACAAAACCGAACAUAUUCCGCUCAACGGCAGCUCGGUCGAGACGGAAUUCGGGAUCUGGAGCGUUGCCCGCGAUUUUUUCCCUGGCGUGCAGGACGAGACGGAUACUCCAGUAUGGCUCGUCUACCACAACCGAGACAGCAGUACAACGUACAAGUUCGAUUGCAACAAUGCCUCCGAUGCAUUCUUUGCGCCCUUUGCUGCUGGUACCGAGGUUAAGGAUUUGUUCAGCGACGCCGAGCCGAUCAAGCUUGAAGCUUCCACGAAACCCGACAAUUACACUGGUGGUAAGAGUGCUGGCUGUCUUCCUAGCAUCACCCUGGAGCCGUUCGGAUUCCGUGCCUUCGUGCCAACGAAGAGCUGGGUAAAGCCAGCUCCCAUGAUCACCAAGUUCGAGCCAGGCCAUGAUUGGCCCGUGGACUCGACGAACGCCGGUGGCAAGAUCGAUGUUGGCAUCGAAUUUAAUGUUCCGAUGGAUUGCGACUCAGUCACAGACGCCCUGUCGGUCGUGGUUAUCAUGGAUGGUGUGAGCAACGGCACGCAAGUCGAGUUCACCAAGCCCAGCUGCGCCGACUUCAAGCCCACGAACAAUAUCACAUACACCGGGGCGAUCCAAUCAGCCUGGAAACUGACCACCACCUUGCAGAAUGUCCCGGACGGAAUCGUGAAGCUUACGGUCGGUAACGCGCAGUCCGCCGACAAAAUUUGGACAAACGCAACCGACCAUUUCCUAAUCCGCUUCGGCAAGCCAAACAACCCGGUCGUUUUCCCCACCAGGGCCAACUACUCACGCAGCCUUCUCGUCCUAGACGGCGAUUCCAUGUACGCCCAACACAGCGCUCCAGGGGCAACGCAAUGGCGGUACAGCACCAACUGGGGAUCUAGUUGGAGCGAUUGGGCCGCUUAUGACGGGUCAAACACCAGGUCAAGGAUUGACGUGCUGCAUUGGGAGGGCACAUCGCUCCAGGAAUGGACCGGAAAGCAUCUGAUGGUACAGUACUACAGCAAGCCUUUGGGUUCUUCGGCCUUUAUCCAGCACUCCGACAGCAGCGAUGUCCCGUUUGAACGCGCAUUCCCCCAUAUAAAAAUCCAUGGCCCGUACAACAAGUGGGGUUACGAUGCCGGACUGCCCGGAUCGAUGGAUCUCGUACACCACCACACUUGGAAUCUCCAUUUCAUGUAUGAAUGGCCGGCGAAUUUCCAACUCAAUGUCUGGGGCAUCAAUCCCGACGGCCAGCCGGACAUCAGCUUUAUUUAUGGAGAUAUUGACUCCGACCACAUCGUGGAUCGCCUUCCGCCGAGCAGUUUGGCCAAAAACGUCAUAAACAUCACAGAACCGCCGCCAAUGCCAGCCCUCGCGUUCAAGCUCGUCUUCAACGAUGCUACUUGGAGAUUUGACUAUUAUCCGGUUGGGCACAUGGGACUUCAGAUUCUGCUGUUUAUCCUUCUCGCCAUUCUGCCUGUCUUGUUUGCGGUGUUGGCAGGGUGGGUUUACGUGCGCAGUUUUUACCAGGUCAAGAUCAACAAGUCUGGGUUCAGCAGCAAAGGAUGGGUGCCCCUCAAGCUUGGGAACCUUUCGAAGCUCGAUUUGAAGUCGUCUUUUGGGAAAAGCGUCGAGAUGAGGGCCAUCUCCCCAACGCCGCCUCCUAGCACCGCCCUAUCCCCGGCUGGUGGAGCCGCAACUGCGGAUGGAAAGCGACGAACGGUGCUCAUCGCCACCAUGGAGUACAACAUCGACGACUUUGGCAUCAAAAUCAAGAUUGGUGGCCUGGGUGUCAUGGCCCAGUUAAUGGGUUCUGCCCUCUCUCAUGUCAACCUGAUUUGGGUUAUCCCCGUAGUUGGCGAUGUCGAAUAUCCUUUCGAGCGCAUGCAGCCUGCGGAGCCAAUGUUCGUCAAGGUGAUGGGCCAGCCGUACGAGAUUGAGGUCCACUACUAUACCUCCAAGAAUAUCACGUACGUCCUGCUUGAUGCUCCGAUCUUCCGGAAACAGACCAAGAAAGACCCGUACAUCGCCCGCAUGGAUGACAUCGAGAGCGCCAUCCUGUAUGCUGCCUGGAACAGCUGCAUUGCCGAGACAAUCCGUCGGUUCCCAGUCGACAUUUACCACAUCAAUGAUUACCAUGGCGCUGCUGCCCCGCUCUACCUACUGCCGCAAACAAUACCCUGCUGCCUUUCUCUCCACAAUGCCGAGUUCCAGGGGCUGUGGCCUAUGAGGACGCCGGAGGAGCAGAAGGAGGUUUGCGAGGUGUUUAAUCUGCCUCCAGAUGUCGUCAAAGAUUACGUCCAGUACGGUUCUGUGUUCAAUCUUCUUCACGCCGGUGCGAGCUAUCUGCGUCGUCACCAACGUGGGUUCGGAGCCGUCGGCGUGUCUAGAAAGUAUGGUGACCGCUCGCUGGCCCGGUACCCGAUUUUCUGGAGUUUGAAGAACAUCGGCCAGCUCCCCAACCCUGACCCAUCCGAUACAGCGGAGUGGAACCCCAAUGAGGAUGUCUCCAAGCAGUCCAAAGGCAUUGAAGUGGACCAAAGCUUCGAAGAAAAAAGAGCCGAUCUUCGACGUCAAGCACAAGAGUGGGCUGGUCUGGAAGUGGACCCUACGGCAGAACUAUUCGUUUUCGUCGGCCGCUGGAGCUUACAAAAGGGCGUGGACCUCAUUGCCGACAUCUUCCCCAGUAUUCUGGAGAAGUAUCCCAAGACACAACUUAUUUGCAUUGGCCCUGUGAUUGAUCUCUACGGGCGGUUCGCGGCCCUGAAGCUUCAGAAGCUGAUGGAGAAGUAUCCGAAGAGAGUCUUCAGCAAGCCCGAAUUCACGCAGCUCCCUCCGUACAUCUUCAGCGGGGCCGAGUUUGCCCUCAUUCCGUCGCGUGAUGAGCCGUUUGGUUUGGUUGCGGUUGAGUUCGGACGCAAGGGAGCCCUCGGCGUGGGAGCGCGCGUCGGCGGUCUGGGCCAAAUGCCGGGUUUCUGGUACACAGUCGAGUCGAUGACACCGUCUCAUCUGUUGCAGCAGUUCAAGCAAGCAAUUAUCUCGGCGCUCGAAUGCAAGCCAUCGAAACGAGCGCUCAUGCGUGCUUGGAGUGCGAAGCAACGCUUCCCCGUUGCACAGUGGAUCAAACAACUGGAUGAGCUCUAUAGCGAGUCUAUCCGCAUUCAUAAUAAAGAAGCCAAGAAGAAGAAGCUCGAAUCGCUCAGUCCUGGGCCCAGCCCGAACCCAACGCGCCCAUCUUCCCGAUGCAGCACGGCCACGUACGUCGAUCCGACGGCCCACGCUCUUAGCCCCGGGCCCGAGGCAAACCUGAUUCCGCCGUCCCCUGUGACCACCCCUACUCUAAGGAGCCUCAUGACGCCUGAUUUGCCUACUCCAUCGGCUCCUUGGCUUGGAGGGAGGUCUCACUCGCCUCGGGCUUCGGUAGCGAGCUCCAACGGGGGCGGUUUCUACGCAAACGCGUCGGCACGGGAAAGUACCGUCAGCGUUGAUAGCUUUGCCAUGAGAGCCCAACGGGACGGCAUGCCUUCGCCCGGACUGACUCCUGACUUCGGGCUCGACGUCCCUCGCAAUGCACUCAUGCCGAAUCACCGCAACAGCAGUUUACUCAGCCUUCCCGAUGUUGUUGGCGACCGACAUGACCUGAAGUUGCAGCAGGUCGACCAAUUCUUUAACGAUUCCAGUGGGGAAUACUAUGCCGAGUUUGAGGAGAUGCUCAGUGACCUAAGCGCAGAUAACUCGGCCAGCGAUUUGUGCAUCGAAACGUUCCUGAAGAAGAGUGAGAAGGACUGGUUCGCCAGAUAUAGAGACGCAAAACUUGGUCGGCACAGAGAAUCCCGACUUAUUAGUCCGGCGAGCAGCCGUCCGAGCAGCCGUCCGGCAUCUCGAAACGGCCAGGGACGGGAUGCAUCCGUGGCCAGCCGCGGGCGUCAACGCCACAGGAGCAUUACUCCAAGCAGCCUGUCCCGUUCUGUAUUCGACAUGUCGCCUUCGGACGACGCCGCUGUAGACGACGAGUUCUUGCUGGGCGACGGAUACCAAGCGCCCACGGGCUUGAAGAAGUUCUUGUCUCUCCGCAUCGGAGACUGGCCGAUCUACUCGUUCCUGCUCGCCCUCAGCCAAAUCAUCUCAGUCAGCUCCUAUCAGAUUGUGCUCCUGACAGGCGACACAAACCAGACUCCACAGAAGUUGUACAUUGUCGCGGCCACAUAUAUCGCGACUUCGCUUCUAUGGUGGGGGAUGGAGCGGAACCUCAAAUCCGUCUACGCGCUGUCGGCUCCGUGGUUUUUCUUUGGCCUUGCGUUCCUUCUAAUUGGGAUUGCGCCAUUUAUUCCCGACUGGCGCGUGGCCAACGGCGUCCAGGACACAGCAACCUGCCUCUACGCCGCUGGCGCGAGCAGUGGCGCUCUGUCCUUUGCCUUGAACUUUGGUGAUGAAGGAGGCGCACCUACGAAGCAAUGGAUUACACGGGCACUGGUGGUUUCUGGAUUUGCGCAGGUCUACAGCAUUGGCCUAUGGUAUUGGGGUUCGCUAAUGGCCAACGUCGACCCAACUGCUACAGUGUUCGUUGGGACGUCCAAUGUUCCCCAGGUCAUCGUCAUUGGCGUCCCUGUUGCACUGGUUUUCUGGGCGAUCGGCAUCGUGCUCUACCUUGGAUUGCCAGACUUCUACCGGCAGUCGCCCGCCGUUAUCCCCGGUUUUUACGUCUCCCUGUAUCGCCGCAAGGUGAUCCCCUGGUUCUUCGUCAUGGUCAUCAUCCAGAACUAUUGGUUGUCGGCUCCCUAUGGACGCAGCUGGCAAUUCCUCUUCACCACGCAGCACGUCCCGGGCUGGGGAAUCGUCCUGCUGGCCCUGGGCUUCUACGUCGGCUUGUGGGCCGUUGUGCUGUACGGAUUUUCGUACUUUUCGGACGAGCACACGUGGUUGCUUCCAAUCUUUGCCAUCGGCCUCUGCGCGCCUCGUUGGGCGCAGGAGUUUUGGGGCACCAGCGGCAUCGGCUGGUACCUGCCGUGGGCGGGAGGUCCGGUUGGGUCAGCCAUCUUGUCGCGCUGUCUCUGGCUGUGGCUGGGCCUUUUGGACAACAUCCAGGGGGUGGGCCUCGGCAUGCUCCUGCUGGCGACGCUCACUAGGCAGCACGUGCUGACCGUCUUGAUUUGGGCGCAGAUCGUCGGCAGCGUCUUCACCAUGCUGGCGCGCGCAACGAGCCCCAACGCUCUCUCGCCCAACACAACCUUCCCCGACUUCUCCCAGGGCGUCAUGCCCGGCGCGGCUAGCCCGUAUUUCUGGGUCUGUCUGCUGUUCCAGUUGAUUAUUCCGCUUGGCUUCUUCAAGUUCUUCCGCAAGGAGCAGGUCGCAAAACCAUAG